AUGUCUGGCGCAAAGGUAAUCAUCGCGGGCUGCGGCGUCGCCGGACCCGUGCUCGCCAUCCUCCUCAAGAUGAAAGGCUACGAACCCGUCGUGUACGAGCGCGCCGACGGCCCCAGCACCGACGGUCUCAGCCUCUGGCGAGUACCACCACCUCCAUGUGCUUCCCCCGACCUAGCGCUAACGCCCGCAUCGCCCAACAGCAUCCAGGCCAACGGCGCGCGCGUCCUCGCGCUCAUCCCAGGCCUGAUGGACUCAAUCGCCCGCCAGUCCAUCGACCAGCUCGUCUUCUACUCCGCCCUAGGGCACGAAGAGCUCGCGCGCAGCGAUGCACCUGCGGGCCUGCGCGACCUGUCGGGAGCAGACGUCGGCGUUGGGGUCGCGGGUGUGCGUCGCCCAGUGCUGCUGCGCACGCUCGUGGACGCGGCGGAGGCGCACGGGGUGCGCGUGGUGUUCGGGCAACAGCUCGUGCAGGUUGAGGAGCGCGCGGACGAGGAGCGCGUCGUGGUGCGCUUCGCGAACGGCUACGAGGACUCCGCGAGCUUCGUGGUGGGGUGCGACGGGCUGCACAGCAAUACGCGCGCGUGCCUGUUCGGGAAGGAGGACGCCGUGUUCACGGGGCUCACGCAGACUGGAGGUAUCUCCCCGACGCCUGAGGGGUUCCGCGCGCUCGGGCCCUCGAUGGUGAACAUCUAUGGCGACGGCGCGCACAUGAUUGCGUAUCCGAUCAACGACGCGCAGGUGUCGUGGGCAAUUACCCAGCGUGAAGCGGAGGCGCGCGAGACCUGGCGCGACAUGGACGAGGCGCGCCAGCACGAGUUCAAGCAGGGGCCCUUCUCCCGGCUUCCGUUUGGAGGUGGAGAGUUGGUUCGCACGGCCGACAAGAUUAUCAAAUUCGGACUGUACGACCGCCCCGAGCUCACGGCGUGGCACAAGGGCAGAGUGUUGCUCAUCGGGGAUGCCGCGCACCCCACGAGCCCUCACCUCGGCCAGGGCGCAAACCAGGCGCUCGAGGACAUCUACCACCUCGUCCGCCUGCUCGUGCAGUACAACCCCUCCGCCGCCCCGCCCCCGACCGCGGUGCUCUCCACCGUGUUCACUGCGCUCGAGCGGCUGCGCAUCCCGCGCACGUCCACGCUCGUCUACAAGGCGCGCGCCGCGGGCGAGCUGCGCGUCGUGAGUGGGGCAGAGGCGUGCAGGGGGCGCGACGAGACCGUGCGGGAGAUGUGGAGGAAGCUGGAGCACGUGCGGGGCGACGUGGAUGCGGUGAAGGCGCUGUAUGCGGACUUGUUCAGCUUCCCCUUUGAGGCGGGCAAAAGCGAGGUUUGA